AAAAAACUUAUAAUUGACAUUUAACAAUUUGACAGAAGUGUUUUUAUUUUAUUUCAUUAACUGAGAUUUCCAAAUUAUUUUUAAAAAAAUGACUACAAGACAAGCCAUACAAGUUGGAACUAAGACUGUAAAGCCUUUACUUUCUUUAAAUUCUGUGGAAGCUAGAAAGAGAGUACUAAAUUUGUACAAAGCUUGGUAUCGUCAAGUUCCGCACAUAGUGAAGGAUUACGACAUCCCAAAAUCGGAAGAACAAUGCAGAGAAAAACUGAAGGAACUGUUUUUGAAAAACAAAGAUGUCACUGAUAUCAGAGUUGUUGAUAUGCUUGUAAUUAAGGGACAAAUGGAGCUAAAAGAAACUGUGAAAUUGUGGAAACAAAAAGGUCAUAUAAUGAGUUAUUUCAAACCAACUGAAGAACCGAAGCCAAAGGAUUUCCUUUCAAAAUUUUUCUCUGGAAAUGAAUAAAUUAUAUGAUAUCUACCUAGUUUCUCAAAUAAAAGUUAUGUAAAUAGA